UCUUUAGCUGAUUCUUCUAAUUAUAUAGAAACAUGUCUUUUAGUGAUUUACAUAUCAUACCUUUUGUUAUAAUUAGUGUGUAUGGGAUUCACCUGGAUCUGAUGAUUUGUAUUUAUAAUACUCCAUGACUUUGGAACAUGGUAGAGGUUAAGAAUAUGUCUGGUGCACGCCGUAGGCAGUUCAAACGCUCCAUUGAUGAUUUUGCGCAAUUGCGUUUCCUUAAAAUAUUAUUUCCUUCGCGUUUUCUAGUAUAUUUUCUAACAUAAUUUGUGUUUUCGUGUAAGUACAUCUUUUGAUGUUAGUCGACUACGUUCUUGGAAUUUGAGUAAGCAGUCAAUCCUUAUAUUAACCUUAGAAUAUUAAAAAUAAUGUACAUAGAGAGGAAAACAUUAUCUUACAUUUACAAUAGCGCAUUUUGGGUUGUAAUAAAACAGCCAAUAAAUACGCGUGUCGUUUAAUUGAUAGAUGAGAUAUGUGUAAUGUAUCGAAACUAGCAUGUAAACAUUUAUGCGGAAUGUUUAUAAAAAGAGAUAUCUAUUAAGGGUGAUACAAGUGUAGUUAUCGUAUCAGUAAACACAAAUACUUUAGUUAUUAAUCUGACUGAAGUAAAACAUGUUGCGAAAACAGUCUGUGUGUCUAGUUCUGAUAGUUAUAGCUGUUGGUUUUAUUGCUGAUACCGUGAUACAUAUUUACCUCAGGAGUACCUCUUCAUUCAAAGGAACCACUAUUAAAUACAAUUACGAAAAUGACAAAUGGCUGAAAUGUUUAACUUAUUCCUGUAUUGCUAAUUGGUAUCCAAGGAUGCAAAAUAAAGGCAAAGAAAGCAAUAUAAACGAAUGUGUGACUCUGAUACAACAAAAUUUAUAUGAAAAUGUGACAGAUAAAUUGCUGAAAAAUAUGAUGAACAAAUGUUUUCUCACCGGAAUUAUGCAUAAAACGGUUUUAUUCAAUAUAUCAUUUAUAGAGGAAUUUGUGCAAAAUUUUAGCUGUCCAUCGGCAAAGUAUUUGAGCACUCAAAGACCACUUGUAGCCUUAGCUAGUUAUCCAGGUUCAGGAAACACGUGGACAAGGGAAUUGAUAGAGGCAAUAACAGGUACAUUUACCGGCAGUAUAUACACUGACUGGAACUUUAAAGGUUCAGAAUUGUGUCCAGCUAGAGGAAAUAUAUACAUCGUGAAAACUCACAUUCCUAGUGAUAAAGCCACCAGUCAUGUAAAAUGCCGAGAGAUUGGUGUUUCUACAUUGAAUUACACAAAGGCUGUUUUGAUACUGAGAAACCCAUAUCAAGCUUUGUUGGCGGAAUUUAAUAGGCAGCAGUCAACAAGCUACAGUGGGAACCCUGGUGUUGGCAUAGCUCCUAAAAGCGAUUUUAAAACUUCGCAAUUGAUGGUUGUACUUCCUGAAACCUUCAGUACUUACACCAAGUGAGUUGCAAGAUGAAUAUGAUCGAUGUUGCAAAAGUAAAUACUAAGUGUCUGAUGGGACAAAUUCGUCAGAGUAGAGUCGGAAACUUGGAAACAUAUGGCAAUUUACUGGCUUUCACGAUUUAGAAAACCAGUCUAUGUACUUGUUUAUGAUGACUUAUUGAACUAUACUGUGAUUGAAAUGUACAAACUCACACGUUUUUUGAACAUAACUGCAACAUUUAAGUCAUUAUAUUGCCUUUCUAGCAAAAGUGUUGGGAAUUUCAAAAGAAGCAAACCAAAAUGGUUGACAAUCGAGGCCUUGUUUGAUUCUCGUUUGAGGAAAGUUGUUAAUGACAAAAUAAAAUCGGUGCUGAAAGUUUAUGAACUUCCACAGUUAUACAGCUACAUUCUUUAAGAAUGCUAAGUUAGGCUUAUAUAAACAUUUUGACUGAAUGUAAUGUACUAUCAUUAACAUGUAAAGAACACACUUAGAACUUUCGGUGCUUGAAGAAAGUAUUCAGUUUUUUCUCAAAGAUUCGGCUUCUCAAGUGUCUUGAUCUUUUCAGGAUAAAUAUCAAUAGCAUUCAUUAAUUAGCUAAAUCGUGAGUACUUUCGAGUAAGUUUAUGUGUUUGCAUCAGUUACUUUGCGCGGAAUUACCCGUGAAGAUCAUGUCAGUAUAUUAGCAAUGAAGAUAUGAUAGUAUAAUGUUUAUAGGUUAUUAGCUUUGUAUCGGGAAAUAUGCACGAGUUCUUCAGCGGAAAUAGUGCGCGACUUAAGGAGCGCAAUAUUCUUCCGCUGAAGAACGAGUACAUAUUUCCCGAUUCAAAGAUAAUAACCUUUUUAUUACAUACGCAUCUACACGUAUAGAUAUUAUGUAAAUGUCAUAAGUAUGUUCAAUAGCCUGGAUAGGAUUGACAAUACUGAACUAAAUAGAAAAAAAAAGUGCAACAACACACACUGAAUUACGUCACGCACCCGAUAUGAAAUUCAGGCGUCAGUGUAUGGAAAAAAAUUGACGUUUCCGGUACCAGUGUAACUUAACGGGGAAUAGAAAGGAGUAUGUAAUAAACACUAAUAUCUCACGUAUUGCCAUCAGUAAUCUCUAAACGAAAACUGGAGGUGUUGGGGAGACAUUCGAGCAGCUUCAUAUUGUAUUUUUUCUAAGGUAUCUGUUUUCUUUGUGAACACUGCUGACCCAUAUUAUUCAAAGAUGUUCUAUGAAAUAUUUUGUCGAGAGCUUUACGUUUUGUUCUUAAUGUAGUUAAUCUCAUUGAUAAUAAUAUGACACUGAUUGCAGUCAUAAUAUCUGUUAUUUUUUAUGCAAAGAACAGCUUGACUAAACGUAACGCACCCA